GCGAAGGAGAAAGGGGGAGAAUGCAUGGUGAAAGGAUAGCGCUUCCUCGCUUGAUUCCCGGGCCACAGUGACUACACCAUGGGCUGCAUCGGCUCCAGAACUAUCAACGAUGGAGGGCCUGUGCAGAAGGAUGGAGAGCAGCUCUCCAUGGAGGACACCACCUCCAUCUUGCCUCGGCUGAAGAAGAGGAAAUCCGAACAAUAUGGCAUUGGUGCCCUGGCUAAGUCGUCCUUAACAGGUGUGACAGGUGUGUCGCGCUCCAUGAAGGACAAGGUGACAAAGCCGACGGUGAUGGCGGGGGGCCGCGUGGCGCACAUGAUCGAGUGGCAGAACUGGGGGAUGUCCACCGUGGGGCCGGGCGGAGUCCCGCAAGCCCGCACCUCCUCCUUACAUCUUGCGGCGGAGCGCAAGAUAGAGAACGACGCUUACAGCGACCUGAGUGACGGCGAGAAGGAAGCACGCAUGGCCGCAGGAGUGCUGCAGCAGUUUGCCAUCUCCGAGGCGACCCUCCUGGCAUGGACCUCGAUGGAUGGCGAGAGCAUGAGUGGCUCCAACCAGGGCAGCGUGGCUCACCUCAGCGAGGCCAACCAGGAGAGCAUCACCAGCAGAGAUCAGAUCCUGCACCACUCCUCUGCCGAGGUGUGGCCCCACACGUACGUCUCGCAAGGCCACUACUGCCUCUCCACGUCAGACGCCUGGGAGCCAAUUAGCAAUGAUCCCUCGGGCGUGGCCUCGCCAGCCACUGGCUCCUACGUGAUGGGGGGUGGGACGUCUGUGGAGGGAGGCGGUGGCAGUGGCGGCGGUAGCGCCGGAGGAGGGGCCUACGAGGGCAAUGCCGCUGCCCACUUUAUGUCCCAGCAGCAGCAACAGCAGCUGGCCAUGCAGCAGAGUCAACAGCUCUGCCAACAGAUCCAGCAGCUGCAGCAGCUGCAACACUACCAGCAGCAGCAGCUCUUACAGUACCAGACCCUAGAACAGCGGCUACACAGCGCCACUCACUCUUUGCAAGCCACACCCAACAGCACCAUCCAUAGCCUGGCACCGCCCACACACCCGCCAUUGGUGGACCUGUGGGGGGCGGGGCAGAUGGAGGCCUUUCAGGCAGAGGUGGGAGGGUUUGUGGGCGUGCCGGCUGCCUCAGAGGGCGGGCUGACCGCAGAGGAUGUAGUGAAAGAGCACUCGCCGUUGCUGGAGACGCAAGAGGAGGAAGAGGUCAAGGAGGAGGAGGUGACGCUGUGCUUGGAGCCUGAGUGUGUCACUCUAAGCCCCUCCCCCGCUCACGGAACCCCGCCCACAGGAGGCAGCAGUCCAGGACAAGGUCCAGGAGAGCCAAUCACGGAAAGGAAAGCAUCUGAUGUCACGCCCUCUGUCAUUGAAAUGCUGGAGGAGAAACGGGAAGAGACGGAGGCGCAAUCCACUUUAUCGCCAGCCACCAACUGACUGACAGGUGUGAAAGACGGACAUUCAGUGGGAUCUUUCACACAAAAACAACAAUUUGUUACACAUCAAUUAGUCCCUUGAUUUUCAGGUAUUACCCCCUUUUUUCGUCAUGAGGACACAUGACCGGACAUGGAGACCUGGCAUGUUUGACUUGAAAUGGAGAUGACCCGUUCAUUUGUAAAGAAUUGUAUGGUUUAGUUUUUCAUUGAUUUUUUUCUUUUCUUGUGGAAGCCUUAUAUCCCUUAAAUGAAAACAGACACCGUGGAGGUGAAGGGAGACGUUUGAAGGAAGAAAGAGAUGAGAGCGAGAG